AUGUCUCCCGCUGGCCAAGCGGAGCAGGAGAGUGAGGCCGCUGCUGUCGGCGGCCAGGCGACGGCGGACGCUGAGCCGGGGGAGCGGCCACAGGUGGAGGAACCAGGGGAUGAGCAGGCGCUGACGGGUGAACCACAGGGAGCGGAAGGGCAGAUUUCCCGCCAGGCGAGCCAAGGGACGCAGCGGCAGAUGUCGCGGGUGGCGCGACAGCCGCCCCCGGAGGCGGCGCCGGAACUUGAGCGGGUGGAGGGUCCCCGCCAGGCGAAGGCACCGCAACAGCAGCACCAGCAGCCGCUGCAGCAGGCGGCGGAAACGCCGGGACGAGAGGAGAAGGAUACGGCGCCCGGUCAGGGACAGGAGGAGGAGGCGCUACGGGCACAAGAGCCGGAGUCGACUACCGUGGAGCACGACGCGCGACCAGGAGACCCCGCGGCAGACAUCGCUGCGACAGGGGCCACAGGCGCCGACAAGGCCGGUGCAGCAGGGCCAGCUAACGCCACGCCAAAGGGCCGCAGUGAAUACGGGAGCGGCGACCCGCCACCAAUCGCCACAGGCAUCAUGGGGCGGCAGAGGCGGUCGGCAGGGAGCUGCGGGGAGAGGGCGAGGCCGUGGACUGGAGAAUGGUUUCCAACGGGAGGCGAGGCUGGCUUUAAGAGAUGA